AAAGAAAUGGGGUGAAAUGGGCAGGGAAAGGAAAUAUGGAAAAAGACAGGCGUUGAGGAGAGAAAGAAAGGAUGGUGAUGACUGAUGAGGGUAGAAAAAUGAGAAAGGCGUGAAUUCACGUGAGCGACGAGACGGAUCAUCGGAUAGCCUGAGAGUGAGAGAAGCGGAGAUAGGAGUGUGCGUGUCCAAACCCAGGGGGCUCCGAAGGGGCUCUUCGUCGGAGGCGGUUCAUUCCCCUCCGGAUUCCCCCGCCAUGAAGAGCCUCUUCAAGUCCAAGCCCCGCACUCCCUCUGACAUCGUUCGCCAAACACGAGAUCUUCUCCGAUACACCAACCGCGACCACGACAAGAUGUCCGACCUCACCAAAAACCUAAGGGACCUCAAGUCUAUCCUCUAUGGAAACAGUGAAUCCGAACCGGUUCCCGAGGCUUGUGCGCAGCUCACUCAGGAAUUCUUCAAGGAUAAUACCUUGCGACUCCUUAUCCAAUAUCUUCCCAAUUUGAAUUUGGAGGCUAGAAAAGACGCCACUCAGAUUGUUGCGAAUUUACAGAGGCAGCAGGUUCAAUCUAAGCUCAUUGCGUCUGAUUACUUGGAGACGAAUUUGGAUCUCAUGGAUGUCUUGAUAUCUGGCUACGAAAACACAGAUAUGGCAUUACACUAUGGUGCAAUGUUGAGGGAGUGCAUAAGACACCAGAUUGUUGCAAAAUAUGUUCUGGACUCGCCUCAUAUGAAGAAGUUUUUUGACUUCAUUCAACUUCCAAAUUUUGACAUUGCUGCAGAUGCCGCAGCAACAUUUAAGGAGCUCUUGACAAGACAUAAAUCUACAGUUGCUGAAUUUCUUUCUAAGAAUUAUGAAUGGUUUUUUGAUGAAUAUAACUCUAAGCUGUUGGAAUCUUCCAAUUAUAUUACAAGGCGUCAAGCUGUCAAGUUGCUGGGAGAUAUGUUACUUGAUCGCACAAAUUCAGCUGUAAUGACACGAUAUGUCAGUUCGCGAGACAACUUAAGGAUUUUGAUGAAUCUUCUACGGGAGUCGAGCAAGAGCAUUCAGAUAGAAGCAUUUCAUGUUUUCAAGCUUUUUGUUGCUAACCAAAAGAAACCAGCUGAUAUCAUCAGCAUACUUGUUGCAAACAGAAGCAAGCUUCUUAGACUUUUGGGCGACUUUAAAAUUGAUAAAGAGGAUGAACAGUUUGAAGCUGACAAAGCUCAAGUUAUGAAAGAAAUUGCUGCUCUUGAACCUAGGGACCUCGCUUGAGCUUCAGAUUGUGUCAGGUAGCAAGUUGCAUUGCGGCAUUUUACUUUCUUUAAUUGUCUAUUGUUAUAGUUCUUUUUGUCUUCAUCAAGAUGAGACUAACAUUCACACAAAUUCCAACGUUUCCAUCCUGAAAUUUCAUUUCGGUUCUGUAAAUUCAUAGAUAAAUAAAUUGCUAAAAUGAGCUACAUGCAGUAGCAGUAUAUGGCUUUCCUGGUGCUAGAAAGGUUUGCCUAGCAGGUAGUUUAUAAAUUGUACGAGGCCAUGUAAUAUUCUUACUAUCUAGAAUUUGUAUGAUUAAUUUGUUCUGUUACUUCAUAAUGAGAGUGACUUUUUGUAUGAGGGAAACUUUUUGUAUGAGAGUGAGAUGAAUAAAUUUGAAUCAUACAAUUAUAUAAAUGGUCAAUAAUUUUUUUCUAA